AAGUAAGCUAUGGUAGAAAGCGACAUAAACGGUAAUUUGGAUCUGAAGAGCAACCUAAACAGAAAACUUUGAUAGAAAUAUUUACUCGUGCAAUAAAGAAUAAAUUUGUUAAACCACAGCAAGUAUCUCAAAUUCAGAUUAUAUAUUACACUUUUUUAUCGUGAAGGCGCAUGAAAACACCAGCCCCAUAUCCCACUGAGAAAGUGAUAUCAUUCUAGUUGAUUUCGUAUAGAUGAAGCAAGAGAAGCUACUUUAAAACAACGCAAAAUAAACAGCACUAUCGGUUGAACUCAAGUUAAUUAGCAGCAAGAUUAUCCAAAUAUUCAUUAUUAAUAUGAUACAAUCAAUAUAUAUAUAAAUUUAAAACAAUUGAUAUCGCAUAUAAUAGAUUGCUAGUUCAGAUUGUUUAAGAAUGUUGAAAUUAAGCGUCAUUCUAUGUUUGGUUGUGAUUACUCCGAAUCCCUCACAAGCGCUACGGAAAUGUUGGCAUUGUCUGAAUGCAAAAAGUCAAUCAGAAUGCAUAGCCAAAGGUCGUUUGGAAGUAUGCUUAGUGAAUGAGCAUUUUUGUCAAAACACUAUAAGAGCAAUUGGAGGAGGCAUCUAUUACGAAGUCACCAAACGUUGCAAACAAACUGUAGGAUGUGAUAACAACCAACGACAGAACAUAUCUGGAACUUAUCCAUUCCAAUGUGAUACUGAAUUGCCUCACUCCGUAUGCAGAUGCUGUUGUGGUUUCGACAACUGUAAUGGUCCCGGCAUUGAUUGCAUGCAAAAAAAACCAGAAUGUGAGGAACCUGAAGAACCAAUAAAUGGUGAUGUAUUUUGUCCAAGUUAUCCGUUGGUUUCUGGGACCACAUGCUACUACAGAUGCAAGCCAGGAUUCCAGCUUGAAGGUAGCACUUCAACAACUUGUGAAGUUGCAACGACGGUAGCGGCGUGGUCUAAUGGGCCACCAUCAUGUGUAGUCAGGCCCUGUAGACCGCUCAUUGCACCGGAGUCCGGAAGCUUCGAUUGCAGCGAUGAAUGGGAUAUUGGAAGUGAAUGUGAAUUCGAAUGCGAACAAGGAAGGGUUCUCGUAGGGCGAAAACUUCUUAAAUGCUCACAUUUGUCGAUAUGGGAUCACAAGGAACCAACGUGUGAGCUUGUUACUUGCUUUCCUCCAAGGCCUCUCGAUCCAAACCUGCUCCCCGCUGAACCUAGCUGUACAGACCGGUAUAAUUAUGAAAGUGUUUGCAAUUUCUCUUGUCACCCUGACUACGAUCUCAUUGGAGCAGACCAAUUGAUCUGUGGACCACCAAUUGGGUCCAACAAUAAGGCUAGUUGGGAUAAUCAAACUCCAAGGUGUCAAAUCAAGAAAUGUCUUCCCAACUAUCCUGGAUGUUCGGAAAAGGUAGUUGGAGACGAAUGUUCAUUCAGUUGUGAAGAAUGUAACAGAUUAGAAGGAAAUGGCAAUAUCACUUGCACCAGAGAUGGAUGGACUGGAGUUCCAGGAACUUGCGUGCUAAUCACCUGUAACUCAAGACCAAGCGCACCAGAAAAUGGAUUCAUCGAAUGUAGUGAAAUUAAUAACAAUUGCGGAAACGACUGCGAUAUUUCAUGUUUUAGUGGUUUCAAAUUAGUCGGAUCCAGCAAUAUUGUUUGUCAGGAGAAUGGAGAAUGGAGUGGUGGCACUAUCCCAGCGGUGUGCGAACCUGACGAAUGUGACCCCAUCAAUGUUCCGGGUAUCAUAGCCACCUGUCCCAACGGCAGAACCGUUGGAGAUUCUUGUACUCUUCGCUGCGCUGGUGCCAAUAAAGAAUUUAUUGGAACACAAACUGUCACUUGUGAGAAACAGCUUGCUGGCAAACCAGACUGGGGACCGAAUCUUAAUCAGUAUUGUCGAGAUAUUCUCUGUUCGAACUUUCCUCGUCUGAAUGAGCGGCCACGCUCAGACGUAGGAUCACUAACGUGUAAUCCUCUUGCAAAUCGAGUAGAAAGUGACAGGGACGGACGAGAAGGAUGGAAAGUUACUACACAGUGCGAAAUAAGUUGUAACGAUAACUAUCAGGCACGCCAACUGGUGAAUUCAAGCACGUGUAACGAUGAAGGCCGCUGGACAGUCGGUCAAUUAUGUUGCGUGGAAUGUGUACAAAACACUGCGCUCGACGUUGUUGUUCUUAUGGAUAAGACUGAAAUUACGUCAAGCAAUGGAGAAAAUUUAUGGAACAUAAGGAUGGAUUUCUUAGCCAAUUUUCUUGAUUUCAUCGUUUUUGAAUACGGAUUUAAUUUGAAUAUAACGUUUGUUCCUUAUUCAAAUGAUGUCGACUUAGCCAACUCCAUUGAUUUCAUGACCAUUGACGACUUCGACUUUCCAGUUGAUGACGCAUUAAGGGAACGUUUGAAAGAUAUUCCGGUUGGGCCAUCAACAGAUUCUUCAAAUGCCGGUUUGGCGAUGAAGUAUGUUGCAGAUGAGAUUUUUGGAUUUCAUAACUUCCGUGUUCCAAUGAUAUUUCUUCUCACGACCAGACCACCAAGCGACCUAUCUCUUGCUAGAUCCGUGAGCCGGGACUUACAAGACAGAAAUAUCCACGUGAGAAUUUUUCCAAUCGUAGACUCAUUCAAAUCAGAUCCAGGAAUAAAUGAGAGAGUUUUUGAGUCUUUGACUGAGAAUCCGAAAUACGUGAUUGACGCUGAAGGAUCCAUUGAUACAGAAACCAAUUUUUAUAUUAGUGCUUCGGAAGAGUUGAUUACGGUUACAAUCAAACUGUGCAACGAAAGAGCACAGGCUCUACAACCUUGCCUUUUCCAGAGACUCUAGUUUAUGUUAACUGCAGUUCAAAUCUGAUGCGAGGACGUUACAUAAUAUUAUAUACUUUCUAUAAUCCGUGGUAAUCGUAUAAUUUUAAUACAUUUACAGUCAGCAAUUUAUUAGAGCCUAAAAUUUAUCAUAAACAUUCUUUUCAUCUGUUAGAAUAUGGAAGUAUUGGGCUAUCUACUCACCUUUAUCACUUAUAUUUUUUGUCAUUUGGGAUAUUUUUUGGUGAUCUGGGUUGUUUUCUUUUUCGAAUCUGGCUGUUGAAAUGUUAAAAUAAAACAGUAAUGAUCAAUAGCUAAAACCUUGAACAUUUGUAAAUUAAUUCAAAUCUGAAGACAUUUGUUAAAAUUUAACUUGAGAUUUCAAAUUGACUAAUCAAAUAUUGAAAACGUUGAAUACUCUGUGGUGUAAUUCAAAUUUAUAGUAAAGUUUAGUUGGUGUUAUGCAUUAAAAUACAUGAACAUGCUAAGUUCUCUUAACAUCUGA